AUGGCCACAGCGGCCGCGGCGGCCCGCGGGGCCGGGGCGAGGGCGGCGGCGGCGGCGGCGGCGGCGGGGCUGCGCGGCGGCGGCGGGGCUGCGGUUCGCGGACGGCCGGGAGCCGGCAGCGCUCGGCGCCUGUGCAGCGCCCCGGCCGCCGUGGACAUGAAGCGCUACCUGUGGGCGCGCUACCACGAGGCGAAGAGGAGCACGGACGAAUUGGUUCCUUCCAUCAUGAACAACUUGUUGAAUCCAGAUGCCAUCUUCUCAAACAAUGAGAUGAGCCUGUCGGACAUUGAGAUAUAUGGCUUUGACUACGAUUACACCCUGGUGUUCUACUCCAAGCAUCUCCACACUCUCAUCUUCAACGCUGCUCGGGACCUUCUCAUCAAUGAACAUAGGUACCCUGCAGAGAUCAGGAAGUAUGAGUAUGACCCAAACUUCGCCAUCCGUGGACUCCACUAUGACGUGCAGCGGGCAGUGUUGAUGAAGAUCGAUGCUUUUCAUUACAUCCAGAUGGGAACCGUCUACAGAGGCCUCAGUGUUGUCCCCGAUGAAGAAGUCAUCGACAUGUAUGAGGGAUCCCACGUGCCCUUGGAGCAGAUGAGUGACUUUUAUGGAAAGAGUUCUCACGGAAACACCAUGAAGCAGUUCAUGGAUAUCUUCUCUCUGCCUGAGAUGACCCUGCUGUCCUGUGUGAACGAGCACUUCCUGAAGAACAACAUUGACUAUGAGCCCGUGCAUCUGUACAAAGACGUCAAGGACUCCAUCAGGGACGUUCACAUCAAAGGAAUAAUGUACCGAGCCAUCGAGGCAGACAUUGAGAAGUACAUCUGUUACGCCGAGCAGACCCGGGCGGUGCUGGCUAAAUUGGCCGCCCACGGCAAGAAGAUGUUCCUCAUCACCAACAGCCCCAGCAGCUUUGUGGACAAAGGCAUGCACUAUAUUGUGGGGAAGGACUGGCGGGACCUGUUCGAUGUGGUCAUAGUUCAGGCCGAGAAACCGAACUUCUUCAAUGACAAGCGGAGACCUUUCCGGAAGGUGAACGAGAAAGGCGUCUUGCUCUGGGAUAAAAUCCACAAGCUCCAGAAAGGGCAGAUCUACAAGCAGGGUAAUUUGUAUGAAUUUUUGAAGCUCACUGGAUGGAGAGGCUCCAGAGUGCUGUAUUUUGGUGACCACAUAUACAGUGACCUGGCGGAUCUGACCCUGAAGCAUGGCUGGCGUACUGGGGCGAUCAUCCCGGAACUGCGGUCAGAGCUCAGAAUCAUGAACACGGAGCAGUACAUUCAGACCAUGACCUGGCUGCAGACCUUGACUGGCCUCCUGGAGCAGAUGCAGGUCCACAGAGAUGCUGAGUCACAGCUGGUUUUGCAGGAGUGGAAAAAGGAGAGGAAGGAGAUGAGAGAAAUGACCAAAAGUUUCUUCAAUGCCCAGUUUGGGAGCUUGUUCCGUACAGACCAGAACCCUACCUACUUCCUGAGGCGCCUGUCCAGGUUCGCCGACAUCUACAUGGCAUCUCUGAGCUGUCUCCUGAACUACGAUGUCCACCACACCUUCUACCCCAGGAGGACUCCCCUGCAGCAUGAGCUCCCUGCGUGGUCGGACAGCCCCUCUGCCUUCAGACCCUCAAUGCUGCGGGAGGCUCAGGCCAAGUAAUCUGUGUCUGUCUGAAGAAGA